GUUCACCGAACGUUGUUGGAUGCCCUUCGGUCGGUAUUCGUGUGGUGCAGCAGUCUCUUCCUCUUCUAUGCCGUUAGUCAUCGCUUCGGUGAACCUUUCGAUCCUGUCUGGGGCCUCAUUGAAAUCGACGGUUUCGGCAUGCUGGUGAUGGGUACUCUGAUAUUCAACGAGAUUCUUCGCCUGGAUUGCAUACCCUGUUGCGGAGAUUUAUCCGCCACUGUUCCCGUAGUUCCAGACGAAAGCGUCUCAGUCCCGUCCGAUUCCGUCACAGAUGAUGCUGAUUCUGAGAGAAAACCCCUGUUGGCUGCCGGCGCCGCCGUAAAUUCCGGUACCUUCGGCUCUCUUGACAAUCAGGGGACCUCCGUGGAGGCCUAA